AUGUCCCAGAUGCGCGCCAGCCAGCUCUCGGGCUCGACUGCGUACAACUCGGCCUCGAGCGCCUCCCUCAGCUCUCUCGGCGGCGCCACCGUCAACGGUGGCCCUGUCGUCGCCAACGCCAACAUCAUCAACCAGAAGGCGGAUGCCUCACGAUCCCUCUACCAGAUCUGCGUCUCGCUUCGAUUACGACUCUCGCUCGUCCCAGGCUUCAAGGAGACCUAUCUCCAGGACUAUGACCCCAUCACCGACGAUGAUCCUGUCGAGUUCAUUUGGGCGCUGCUGCGUACCGGCCACCCGCUUGUCCACACAUACAACUCCCUCGGGCUAGGCAAGCCGCUCGAGAUACCAGCCGGCGGCGCGGACCCAAAGCGGUCCAAGAUCGCGGUUUUCAAAUUUGCAGAGGCCUGUCUUAAUGUCCUCAAGAUUCCAGAGUGCUUCGUCAUCAACGACCUGCUCGGCAAUGAUACAACUGGAUUCGUCAAGGUCACAAAUGUCGUCAACAGUGUACUCGACCUGGGAGAGCAAAAUGGCGUUCUCCAGUCCAUGCAACCAAAUCAGGAGGACUCCGGAGCCGCCCCGGCCGGUAGCCAGGUCACCGUCCGCGACCACAUUCUCAAGGAACUCGUGAACACGGAGCGCAAAUAUGUCCAGGAUUUGGAAAACCUUCACGAUCUCAAGAAGACGCUCGAACAAAGAGGCGUUAUCCCCGGCGACAUUGUUCACCAGAUCUUCCUCAACAUCAAUGCGAUUCUUGACUUCCAGCGGCGCUUCUUGAUCCGCGUCGAAACCACCAACUCCGUGCCAGCAGGCGCCCAACGAUGGGGUGCGCCGUUCGUCAACUACGAGGAAGCCUUCAACAUCUACCACCCCUUCAUUGCAAACCAGCGCAAGGCGGCACAGACCGCGAAUCAAGUGAUGGACAAAAUACGCCUAGCCGAUCACCCAGUCUCCUGCGAUUUCAACACGCUGGAUGGCUUUCUGCUAAAGCCUAUGCAGAGACUGGUCAAGUAUCCGCUACUUCUCAAGGAACUUCUGAAAAGGGGAAGCGGCGAUGAUCCCGAGGUCAAACAGGACUUGACGCAAGGCAUCGAGGCUGCUGAGCGCGUCCUCACGAAAGCCAACGAAGCAGUCGACCGCGAUCUCCUCGACGAGGCUCUCGAAGAGCUUAUCACGAGAGUCGAUGACUGGAAGAACCAUCGAGUCGAGCAGUUUGGCCGCCUCCUGUUACACGGAGUGCACACAGUCGUCACUGGCCGCAGUGACCAAGAGAAGGAGUAUGAAAUCUACCUGUUCGAAUACAUAUUGCUUUGCUGCAAGGAAAUCGUCCCGAAUAAGGACAAGAGCAAGAAGGACAAGACGAAAUCCGCCAUCCCCCGGCCCCGCAACAAGAACAACAAGCUUCAGCUCAAGGGUCGAAUCUUCAUGACAAAUGUUACCGAGGUCCUCUCUUUCGCCAAGCCUGGUUCAUAUACAGUGCAGAUCUGGUGGAAGGGCGAUCCUGGCGUGGAAAAUUUUGUCGUCAAGUUCAACAACGAGGAGAUGAUGAAGAAGUGGGCGUCAGGACUAGAUAUCCAGAGAAAAGAGAACGCGCCGAGUGCGUUGGCCAGCCCGGAGGCGUCAAACCCAGAGUUCGCCUGGAUGCGCAACGUCAACAAUAUCGAGAACCCAUACGCACAGCAGGAUGACGACGAUGAGGACGAGGAUCCGAGCGCGCCGCAAUUCACAGCGCCCAACUAUGGCUCAACCGGAGGUGUAAUGCAGCGGAAUGGCUCAAGCACCAACCUGCGGGUGCGAUCAGCUACCGGCGAGAGUGCACAGUCGCUCGCCGGGAUCGCGCGGGCACCGCCUCCGAGGUUCCCUCUGCCAAUGCCUCCCACGAAUCUCACACUGCAAACUACAGGCGGAGCAAAUUCGCCAGGUCCGAGGGGCGGAGAGUCUUAUUUCUCACCCACUGCCGAGUCACCAGCUUCUUCAAGGACAAGCACUGCAAGCAACAUGUUUAGCUCCGGCCAGUACCCAUUCCCACGAACAUCCACGCCACAGACAGGGUGGGAAGAUAACAACCGCUAUACCGCGCCCGCAGCGCCGCGCGCUUCGUCGAGGGACGGGUCGUCUCCCGCAAAUGGUUAUGGCAGGAACCCGCGGGGCUCGCAAUCACAGCAGAGCAUGGCUCAGCAACAAAGAAGCCGUUCUUACAGCACGCCCGAUAUCAACCAGCAGCCCGGCCGCAGGACCAACAGCAGCACACCUGUGCCUGCUGUGCCAGGGAUUCCCUCGCAUCUGCACCCAGCCCACGACUCCAACAUCCCACGAUCGCAGACUGGAUCCCCGAGACAGGACAUCCCAAUCCGCUCCAACACUCAGAGUCCAGGUAUGCAGCGUGACAGGCUGAACUCGACGGCCGGUCACGGAGGUGCAAUGGGCCAGUUCCCCAGCCAGCCAGUGCAUAGGAGCCAGGGAUCAACGUCCCUGCAGCCCAUCAGCAUCCAGAACCACCAAACUGUUCCCGCAUCACUCGGUUCAGCGACGUCCGGUGGCCUGCUCUCCAGCCCUGACCUUCCUAUACCCACACAAUUGAAGGUCAAGGUCAACUGCGACAGCGGAAACUAUGUGACUCUUGUCGUUGCUUUCAACAUAACUUAUCAGUCUCUGAUUGACCGGAUCGACGCCAAACUGGCUCGCUUCACUAAUAGCUCGAUCGGCAAGGGCAACUUGAGACUGAAGUAUAGCGAUGAAGAUGGCGAUUUCGUGACCAUUGAAAGCGAUGACGACAUCCAGAUUGCGUUCCUGGAGUGGCGGGAGGGUGUCCGGAACAUGUAUUCUGGUGGCGUUGGGGAGAUUGAGCUCUUCUGCCAAGGGGAUAUGAACUGA